AUGAACUCGAUCAACUGCGUCAAUGAUACCAACUGCGUCACGUUAUCGUCGGGACAGUCGGCUCUAUGUCUCAAUGCCUUCAACUCGACAGCUACUGAGUGGGUCUUUCGUCCAGCAGAAAGUGAUGAUUCAGCAGGCGUUGGACCUUUUGAACGCUUAGGAUUAUUGCAAUUGGCUGAUCAUGUUACAGAGCUGACCUUUAGUAAGGCAGAAAAGGGAGAAAAACCAAUCUAUGGAUCGCUGGCACUUGCGUCAAUGAACAUUCAACCAAGUGUCAUGCUAGAUAAAGUGACGUUCAGCAAUUUAACUUUGUCUGGAUUGGACAGCGCCUUGCCGCUCAAUGGCGUUGAGAAAAUAUAUUUCAACAAUUGCUCGCUACGUGAGAUUCCUACAGCUGUAGUUGCUGGGGACUCCGUCAAUGUCAUUGACUUAUCCAGUAAUGACAUCUCCAGCGUCGGCACCAAGUUUCAGGAAGAAUCGUUUCCAAAACUAACGAUGCUUGACUUAUCGUCAAAUGCUUUGACUGACUUUGAUCUUGAGGCAGAUAAUUUUCCAGCCAUCACAACCCUCUCUCUUCAUGACAACUUGCUCACAUCCGUACCCAAAGUACUCUUUAAUUUGCCGACGUUGCAGUUCCUCACGCUGGCAAACAACCCCAUCAAUGCUUCCGACCUGACAGCGCAACAGUUCGCGUUCCUUGCCAGAUUGCGUACGUUUACAAUUGAUGGCACCACCAGCACGCGCAUAUGUCCGACCGCUGUAAUUCAGAGCGCGCUUAAUCGUUCCUUCACAUUUUGUGUGGGGCUUGACGAUGUCAAAUCGCCGAAUGCUACAGCUACCCUGCAACCUGUGUUAGAAGUACCGAUAGCUUCUGAAGUCAGUCCAUCGCCCUCGUCAUCGAAAAAGAAGACAUGGGUCAUUAUUGGUGCGUGUCUGGCGGCUGCCUUGUUGGCAUUAGCCAUCGGCCUUAUUUGGUGGUGCUAUCGUCGGCGAAGAAACGAACUACCAAAGCUCACAAACAGUACCGUUCCAUCAAUUGCGAUUGGCAUGGGCGACUUGUCGGAUCACUCAUACAUGGAGCUAGGUGCUUGCCGUUCCACCAACGCCUCCAGUCAAACAUCAGAUUUUCAACUCCUUGCGUCCGUUGCAGACGGGUACAUCAGGCUGGCUCGUCUAUCCUAUCGUGAUGUUUUCCUUCAUAAAAUGCUGCGUGUUAGUAGCCGCUCGGAGCUCUGGCUAGGCGAGUACAAGCAUGAGGCUGUGCUUGUCAAGAAAAUCAAGAAGAAUACUGCUUCAAAGUCAUUACUGCGAGACUUUGUUGCAGAAAUCGAGCUAAUGUUUGAGCUUAAACACCCUCGCAUUGCUGCUUUCCGAGGUGCCAUGUGGGAUGCAGAUGGGACGGAGCUCUGUGCUGUAGUCGAGUACGUUGAAAAGGGCGCUUUACGAGACUGUACGGUGAACGAUGCUGUCGAGCUGCCCGUGCCAAAGCAGCACGCCAUUGCUCGACAAAUCUUGGAGGCUAUGGCAUUUUUGCACAAGCAGAGCAUCGUGCACGGCCGAUUGAAUACGUUCAACAUCCUGCUCGAUAAAGAAUACUCGGCCAAGCUGAGUCUUUUCAGUAUCUUUCACUAUGUCAAGCUUUCACCUUUGGACACUGAAUGCAAAAUCUUUGUGGCUCCCGAGAUACUGCGCGGUGAGCAGCCGACAGAAAGAUCAGAUGUCUACGCAUUUGGCGUGGUACUCGUGGAGAUUGAUACUGGCGAGACCCCUGUGAUGAACGCUCGAAAGCUGUCGAUGGAACGGCCAAGUGUCGAAGAUGAUCUUUCUCCGACAGCAAAGAAGACUGGAUUUCGUUUAAGCCGUUUCUGCUCCGGUGUGAUGAAGGAAACGAUUGCUGCAUGUCUCGAGAAAGAUCCUGCACGACGACCGUCAAUGGCUGAUGUGGCGAUAGCUUUCAAGAAUGGUGCGAUGACGCUGUAA